AUGGUCAGCCCCGAAUCCACGCAGUUCCUGACCGAUCUGCUCGGGAAGACGUUGCACAUUACCGUGGUAGAUGGACGGCUGUUCACGGGCUGCUUUAGAUGUACCGACAACGAGACUAACGUCGUACUUUCGAACACAUUCGAGUAUCGCAAGCCUUCGGCGAAGGAAGAAGCCAAAGCCAUAGAGGAGGCGGCUCAGUCAGGCAAACCUGUGAAAGCCGACAUGACAUCUAGAUUUCUCGGAUUGGUGACUGUCGGCAAAGAACAGAUCGUCAAGAUCGAGCUCGAGGAACGCAGGACAGGUGCAAUGUUGGAGGGAAGUCUUCCAACAAGGUCUAAGGGGUGA